AAGUUGAUUCCAUUUAGUGAUUCUAUUAGAUCCCAUUGUCCUAAUUUCCCCCACCAGAUCCUUCCAUUUCAUGCGACGACAAAAAACCUGCCCCCAUUUAAUCCCCCGGCCCCCUUCCUCAGCUCAGCUCCCACGACAGAAACCCACAGUUUAAUGUCCUCAACACAUCUAACAAUUAACACAAAAACAAAAAAAAUUUCUCAAGAGAAAAAAGAAAGCAACCAACCAUAAAUCUCCAUUAUUUCAGUUUCAGCUAUGUUGAUGAGCAUCCAUGAUCCUGUUGCUAGCACCAAUUACCCAGAGAAAAUGCGAAGAUGCCAAGAAUAUAUUGAAGCCCUUGAAGAAGAACGGCGCAAGAUUCAAGUUUUUCAACGUGAACUCCCCCUUUGUCUUGAGCUGGUCACUCAAGCAAUAGAGGCAUACAAGCAAGAAUUGUGUGGAACGAGGAGUGGGUGUAAUUUGAAUGGGCAAUCUGAGUGUUCUGAGCAGAUUACAUCUAGUGAUGAUGAGGGGCCUGUGUUGGAAGAAUUUAUUCCUUUGAAGAGGGCUUCAUCAUUAUCUCAGGAGGAGGAAGAUGAUGAACAACAAUCUCCUAAUAAAUCCACAAAUCAUAGGAUUGAUGAUGAUGAUGACAACAAUAAUAAUAAUGUUGAUUCCAGUGAUUAUUCCUCCAAAGAUGGCAAGAACAGUACUGAUGACAAGGUUUCCAAAAAACAAGAUUGGCUUAGAUCUGCCCAGCUUUGGAAUCAGUCAUUCACAGAUCCAACCCCUAAAGAGGAAUCUCCAAGCAAUUGCAAGGCGGCGGUGAUGGGAGUGAAGAGGAAUGGGAGUGGAGGAGCGUUUCAUCCGUUUAAGAGAGAGAAGAGCGCCGGAACAAGCUGCAGUGACGCCGUGCAAACGCCAGCCAGUACGCCAGCGAAGACGGCCGGCGAGGGUAACGGCGGCGGUGGAAGUAAGAAGGAAGAAAAGGAAACACAGUCGCAGAGAAAGCAAAGGCGGUGCUGGUCGCCGGAGUUGCAUAGAAGGUUCUUGCAAGCCCUCCAACAACUCGGUGGUUCACACGUUGCCACGCCAAAACAGAUCCGGGAAUUAAUGAAGGUGGAUGGGCUUACAAAUGAUGAAGUUAAGAGCCACUUGCAGAAAUAUCGGCUACAUACUAGAAGACCAACUCCGUCCAUUCGCAACAACGGUAGCCAGCAGCAAGGACCACAAUUUGUUGUGGUGGGGGGAAUUUGGGUGCCGCCACCGGAAUAUGCAGCGGCGAUGGCAGCUCCGGCGACGUCCGGUGAGGCUGCUAAUUCAAAUGGAAUAUACGCGCCGAUCGCCACCACACCAAAACAAGGUCAACAAAAUGGAAUUCCAUUUUCCGGUGAAAGAGGCAGCCAUAGUGAAGGCGGCGGAGCACGGCGUUCUGACUCACCCUCCACCUCUUACUCAACGCACACCACCACCACUUCCCAUUCUUCCUAAGACUAAUAAUUUUUCGUUGUACAAAUUUUGUUUUCUUGGAGUGUGUAAAAGAGUUAACAUUUUUGCAAUCAAUCGUCUCCAUCGGCAUGUAAUGUUAAUGGGUUACAUAUUAUGAAAUAUAUAAAUAAAGAAGAAAUUAUAGAGUUGUUUUUUAUUUCAAA